UAAUAUCACAUCAAUCCGCAAUAAGAAGCAAGAUCUUUCACCCCUCAAUUGAAAUUGAAAGAUAUACACAUCCUUUUCCUUCCUUAUCAAACCCUACUACAACACACCCACAUAUAUGUAUAUCUACGCGUACAUGUUUGAAUUGAAUUCAUAGGAAGGAAGGUAAUUGGUAAUGGCGUCUUUAUGUUUAAGAAACGAGAUGAUGGUAGUCGACUCCGCAACAAAAGCAGAAUCAGACGAAGAAAGCGGUUGUUACUCAAAUGCUGCACCCAUAAUUGGUGUUAAUAUUGCUCUUGCUUUUAUCGAUUUCCUCAUUGCCUUCCUUGCAUUCUAUCAGUUGAUUAGGAUACAUUCUAGGAAUUCACAAAGGGGGUGGACUCGCCAGAAAGUGUUUCAUCUAAUGAUUGGUUCUUCCAACACAGGUUAUGGUAUUUAUUUCAUAUUAACUCUUGUUGCUGCUUGUAAGAAUUGGGUAUGCUGGUCAAACUCUUGCGGUUUUGUAGUUUUGGCAUUGCCCAAGAUUCUAUUUCUUGCAGCAUUUCUUCUUCUGCUAUCUUUCUGGAUUGACCUUUGCCAUCAGGCAAAUGAUGAAGAAGAAGAUGAAGGUAGUCCCCGGGAAGCUUUACUAAAGAAAGCGAACAAGCCCAAUUUGAAGGUUUAUAGUCGAAGAAGAUGCUGCAGUUUUCGAGUCUUUCCUGUUGGCAGCCGUCAACAAGUUGUGAUAUUGGUGACUCUGUUAAUAUUUGUGAUAAUGCUGGCAUCAGCUGUGCUUAUAUGGAUCGGUCUGGGAAAGAAUCCCAUUGAUUCAUCAGUUGUGGCACGGGUGUAUGUAGAUACUUUUGCCAUUGCAAUGCUUUUCCUAGGGGGCGCAUUAGCAUGCUAUGGAUACGUAUUGGUCUCAAAAAUGAGUAAAGUGCGAUCCGAGAGGACUUCUUCCGAAAUGUGGAAGGUUUCUGGUCUUGCCAUAGUUUCUGUUGUAUGUUUUACCUCAAGUUCAGUUGUUGCUUUUUUCACAAAUAUACCAGUGCUGUAUCAUUGUGAUUGGCAUAGCAUUGGAGGCGUCUAUGCUUCUCUUCUACUGAUUGUAUAUUAUUUUAUAGGUUCAUCUGUACCUUCAGCCUUUGUAUUAUGGGUAAUGAGAGAACUGCCUCCUUCAAUUACUAUCAAUGCACCCGAAGAAUCAAGAACACUAACUUUUGUCAGCGACCAUCCAGCUACAACACAACCACAGCAUUGGACUGCCAUUACGACUGCACAAAAUCAGGUAUCUAGGGCAAGUCCGAUAUGACUGCAAUUAUGCAAAUAGUUAACGACGUUAUUCCUUAGCUUGAAAAAGAAAGUGGAUGAAAAGUGGCCAAGGGUAUGCAAGCACUGGAAGAGCUGAAUGUUUUCGCAUCCAAAGACCAAAGUACAGAUCGUUGCUUUCAUUUUGAUAGUUUAGGUUCUUGUACAUAGCAGCAAAAUCUCCUCGGUUUUUCUUUUCUUUUUUUCUAACUUAAAUGUUCUCUUCUUUUUUCUAAAAGAAAUUUCCUUUUAGGUUAGUUAUUUAAUGUAUUUGCAAACUGUAUUACAUGUUUUCUUUAUUAUAAUAACUUCUUUGUUUUAAAA